AUGACUGUGGCGAAAGUGAAGACAGUCAAGACGAUUCCAAAAGGAUGGACCGAAUUGAAACCUUACAACGAGACGAUCGACGUUUUCCUCCCGUUCAAAAUACCGAUCAGAGGAGAGCAUCAGAAACACUUUAACGAAGACGACAAGUUCACUUGGACCCGAUUUCGGGAAAAACUCGAAAGGUCAAACAUUCGACUAGCUGCCAUCAUCGACUUAGUGCCCCACUCGCAAUAUUACUACGUGGACGAAAUGGUUGAAGGUAUGGGCUUGGUUCCAUAUUACAAGCUGGGUUGCAAGGGUGGGAACCAUUUGCCAAGUGAUGCCUUGUUUGCCAGGUUUUCGGAAACUGUACAUCAUGUCAUAUCUACUCGCCCACAGUGGGGUGAAAACGACUUCAUCGGGGUGCACUGCUGCAAAGGCGUGAACAGAACAGGGUUUAUGAUUUGUAAAUAUUUGAUCACGCAUCGUAACAUGGAGCCUUCGAAAGCAAUUGAUAUGUUCACGAGCAAACGCGAAUGCGGGUUUGAUCGCGAAAAGUACGUUGACUAUUUGAUGAGCUUGGGACCCAGUCUAAAAGAGAUGAAAUCUAUUUCGAAUCCGAGCGAGUCGAUUAAUGAAAACGUAUCUGCAAUUAUCACAUCACCACAGCCUACGACCAAAACAAGAUGCAAUAGCUCUGGCUCCGACAGUUCCAAAGAAGACAACCAAAUAAGGAAAAAUUUGUCAAUCGAACAUUCCGAGUAA